UUUGAUGUAAAAUGCAAAUCAAAGGGCGUCACAGGAUGAAAAUCAUUUAGUCAUACCGAGCUUCACGAAGACAAACAUUUAUUCUUGUAGUAUAAUCCCAAAGGAGCGAGGUUCACACUAAACGCAGCAAUGUUUUCGAUUGUAUCCACAUUUAUUUUUAUCUCCAUCGGCUUUAAAGCAACACUAGCGGCAGAGAAUGGCUAUGUUGUUGCUGAUAUCACUGAAACGAUUCCUCCUUGUAAAGAUGCCUCGAAGAUUAUUCCCAGCAACGAUACGUGCGCUGGAAUUGUAACCUACCAGAUGCCAGAUUUCAGCGGGUUUCCGAACGCACCCGAUCUAUCGUUUAUCCGCGGCCUUAUUCCAAUCAUAAACAAGACUUUAGCCAUGGUGGGCGCUAAUGCAACGUGCAGGGACGCCUACAAGAAGUAUUUUUGCCAACUGGGCUAUCCCUUCCAUUGCGACGAGGAUUCUAUCGGAGCCAACGUUGACGAACUCACAACUACUUGUAAAGCAGCCGGAAAGGAAUGCCCUGCUAGCUUGCAUAGUAACUGCUCUGAUGUCACCGAUAAUCCGGCCUUAAAGCAACGAUUUCCUCGUAAGGCAACGUGCGUUCCAUUUCCCGAACUGAAAAAUGAUCCCUACUCUUGUGAGGGAAACUAUAAGGUGUUUGCCUUAAAUGCAACAUCUGUGCAAAUGGCAGCAGACACGAUCGUGGCUCAACACAAGAUUGUGAAGAACGCCGAUCUUUCUGAUCCUGAGUGUGAAAAUAAAGUUGCCGACGCCGUGUGUAAAUCUGCAUUGGUCGCUUGCUCUCACGACCGUACGAAAUUUAUAGCUUUUCUCAGCAAACAAGAAUGCUACAAGAAUGUAGGAUGCGUAAACAAAACCAACGAUGCCAACUUGAUAAAGAAAGCCCAGGAAAUGUGCUCUGGACUUCCAGACGGCACGAAGGCAAAGACAUAUUCCCUUGACAAUGUCUACACCAAAGGCAACAACAAAGCAACAAGCAUCGAUUUUCCGUUCACCGCCAUUUUAUUCCUUGCUACCUUCAUCGCUCAACGUUUCUUCUAAGCUGAUAUACAAGAUAUAGGGAAACUGAACUAGGAUUAAACUAGGAAUAAUCUAGAAUAAACUAUAGGAAUAAUCUAAGAAUAAUCUAGGAAUGAACUAGGAAUAAUCUAAGAAUAAUCUAGGAAUGAACUAGGAAUAAUCUAGGAAUAAUCUAGGAAUAAUCUAGGAAUAAUCUAGGAAUAAUCUAGGAAUAAUCUAGAAAGAAUAGAAAGCACGAUAAUUAGGGGGAGGUGGUAUUUAUCAUUCAUCUUCUAAACGAUCUUGCAAUUGAUUUUUAAAAUAAAUGGCAUCAUUGAUUGAUGGGACCAUGU